AUGUCUUGGGAUGACGGAAAGCACGCAAAGGUGUCCAGUGUUAAACUUACGCAUGAUGACGUCAUCAGAUCUAUCGAGGUCGAGUACGACGGGACCAACCUUAAAUCCCAGCCACGAGGCACCGCCGGCGCCAAAUCUGACGGAUUCACGUUGGCCCUGGACGAAUACAUAACGGAGUUGACUGGUUACUACAAAACUGUAUUCUCCGGAGACGUUAUAACGGCGUUAACGUUUAAGACGAACAAGAAGACGUAUGGACCUUACGGCAACAAAACCAGACACUUCUUUUCCGUUAACGCACCUAGUGGAAACCAAAUCGCCGGUUUUCUAGGAACCAGUGGAGAUUCUCUCAACUCCAUCGACGUUCACUUCGCUCCUGUUCCUCCUCCCGGUAGCAUCAAACCAAAACCUGAUGGCCCCGGAACCAACACCGGUGACGGCGGAUCAAAAACCGAUGGCUCCGGAACCAACGCCGGCGACGGCGGAUCAAAAACCGAUGGCUCCGGAACCAACACCGGCGACGGAGGAUCAAAAACCGAUGGCUCCGGAACAAAUACCGGUGAUGGAGGAUCAAAAACCGAUGGCUCCGGAACCAACACCGGCGACGGUGGAUCAAAAACCGAUGGCUCCGGAACUAACACCGGCGAUGGCGGAUCAAAAACCGAUGGCUCCGGAACCGGAACCAACACCGGCGACGGCGGAUCACAGAAUGGUGGCGCUGAAAAGACGGGACCGGUUGGUGGUGAAAAGGGAGACGCAUUUGACGACGGCGUUUCCGAUGGUGUGAAGAAAAUAACCGUCGCCGCAGAUCACAACAGUAUAACUUAUAUCAAGAUCGAAUACGUCAAGGACGGAAAAUCCGAAACCCGUGAACACGGGACCAAUCGCGGGGAAGUAAAAGAGUUUACGGUGAAUCAUCCGAAUGAAUAUAUCAUUUCUGUUGGUGGAAGCUACAAUCACAUUUUCAGCGAUGACACAACGCUUGUCACGUCACUAUACUUCACACUCUCCAAUGGACGAACCUCUCCAAAAUUCGGUAAAACGGCUGGAGACGAAUUUCUGCUUGAAGGUAAUAAAAAAGAUGCAAAGCUUAUCGGAUUGCAUGGACGUGCCGGUUACGCUAUCGAUGCCAUUGGAGCUCACUUUGAGACCUCCAAAAAGGUGGGACCGGUUGGUGGUGAAAAAGGAGUCACGUUCGAUGAUAGUGGUUUCGAUGGUAUCAAGAAAGUAACCGUCGCAGCUGAUGAAUUCAGUGUCACUUACAUCAAGAUCGAAUACGUUAAGAACGGAAAAUCUGAAAUCCGUGAACACGGGACUAAUCGAGGGGAAUCAAAAGAGUUCACGGUGAACUAUCCGAAAGAAAAUAUCAUAGUCGUUGGUGGAAGCUACGACCAUAUUUUCACGUAUGAUACAACGCUUGUCACGUCGUUAUACUUCACUCUAUCCAAUGGAAGAACGUCUCCGAAAUUCGGUAAGACGAGUGGAACAGACUUUCAUUUCAAAGGUGAGAAUGGAGAGAAGGUUCUUGGAUUACAUGGACGUGGUGGUCAUGCUAUUGAUGCAAUUGGGGCUCACUUCGAAAUGAGUUCGAAAACUGUUGAACCGGGAACCAACCCCGGUGACAGCAGUUCUAAACCUGAUGGAACCGGAAAUACGGGACCGGUUGGUGGUGACAAGGGAGACACAUUCGACGAUAUUGGUUUUGAUGGUGUGAGGAAAGUAAGUGUUGCUGCUGAUGAAUACAGUGUAACUUAUAUCAAGAUCGAAUACGCAAAGAACGGAAAAUUCGAAACCGUUGAACACGGGACUAAUCGCGGGGAAUUAAAAGAGUUUUCGGUGGAUUAUCCGAAAGAAAACAUCGUAGCCGUUGGAGGAAGCUACGAUCAUAUUUUCACCUAUGAUACAACGCUUGUCACGUCGCUGUAUUUCACACUCUCCAAUGGAAGAACCUCUCCAAAGUUUGGUAAGACUAGUGGAACAGAGUUCAGUUUCAAAGGGGAAAAUGGAGCAACGCUUGUUGGAUUACAUGGACGUGGUGGUCACGCUAUUGAUGCCAUUGGGGCUCACUUCAAAACCGCUUCGGUUGGACCCGAAAAGGUGGAACCACAAGGAGGGAAGGGAGGCAAUCAAUGGGACGAUGGAGCAGAUCACGACGGUGUGGUCAAGAUACACGUUGCAGCUGGUGGUCUAGGGAUUGAGAACAUCAAGUUCGAUUAUGUUAAGAACGGAGAGAGUAAGGAAGGAUCUUUGCAUGGUGUGAAGGCUAGAGCUUUCCCUUCAACGAUUGUGAUUAAUCAUCCGAACGAGUAUCUUGUUUCCGUGGAGGGUUGGUUCGACUCUUCCAAUGUUAUCCAAGGAAUUCAGUUUAAAACCAACACAAAGACUUCUGAAUAUUAUGGAUAUGAAUUUGGUGGAGAUGGAACAAAGUUUUCACUACAAGUUAAGGACAAAAAGAUUAUCGGGUUUCUUGGGUUCGCUGGUUCUCAUCUCAAUUCUCUUGGAGCUUAUUUUGCACCCAUCUAG